UACCACUCUUGGACACCCAGUCUUUAAUUUUCGCUUCGUACUGCACUUUCCCUUAGUGAUAUGUUCAAGUCGGUCGACGUUUUCUCGAAGGUGCUACAAACCUGUGCCCUGAGUUUUUUGCUGAAGAAUUCCGCUUUGCAGAGUACAAGGUUUUUCGGGGUGCAAGCUGAAGCGAUGCACUUCAGAACUUUUAGGGAUGGUUACAAAAUUCCCGUGCCUGGCUAUGGCACCUGGCAGGCCACCGAUGCAGAGCUAGAAAAUGCAGUGGAUUCGGCACUCGAAGCUGGUUACAGACACAUCGAUACAGCCACAGUGUACGAUAAUGAAAAAGUUAUCGGAAAAGUUUUGAACCGAUGGCUCACGGCUGGAAAACUUAACAGAAGCGAUUUGUUUAUUGUCACCAAAUUGCCCCCGUCUGGUAUGAGGGCCGAGCAUGUGGAGCAUUUCAUUAAAAGGUCGUUAAAGGAUCUACAGCUCGAUUAUUUGGACCUCUAUUUAAUCCACGUGCCGUUCGGGUUUAACUACAAGGGAGAAGAUCUUCAUCCACAUUCUGCUGAUGGAAAUAUUGAUCUGGAUCUUACCACCGAUCAUAUAUCCGUUUGGAAAAAAAUGGAAGAAAUGAAGCAAAAAAACCUGACAAAAUCCAUUGGUGUCUCUAAUUUCAACAUGUCCCAAGUACAAAGGAUUUUGGACAACUGCAAAAUCCCACCAAGCAAUUUACAAAUCGAAUGUAAUGCUUACAACCAACAAAAAGAAAUGGUCGAAUUUUGCAAGAAAAAUGACAUAGUAGUAACAGCAUAUUCCCCAUUGGGAUCUCCUGGAUUGGGAAAAUUUUUAUCCCAAUUCGGAGUGAAUCAAACUAUUCCAGAUAUACUCAACAACCCGGUGGUAGUGGAAAUCGCCAAAAAUCACAACAAAAAAGCCGCCCAGGUGCUUUUAAAGCACGCCGAUCAAAGAGGGCUAGUUACCAUUCCAAAAAGCACCAAUCCAGAGAGGCUAAGACAAAACAUAGACAUCUUUGAUUUUACAUUAACUGAAGAAGAAAUGUCUAAACUCAAUGCUUUGGAUAAAAAGGCAAGAAUUCUUGAUUUUUCUGCUUUUAAAGGGGUUAAGGUCCAUCCUGAAUAUCCAUUUAAGGAUUCUCUAUAAGUUUAGGUCCAUCCUGAAAAUCCAUUUAAGGAUUCUUUAUAAGUUUAUGUCUAAUAAUUUUAAUUUUUAAAGUAAAAAUGUUAAUAGAAUUGGUUUUUAAUAAAGUUUAAUUUUUAAUUUAAUUUUUUAUUAACAAAAUGCAAAAAAGAAAGUAUUAGCCUUUGUUUUUGAGAU